AUGAAGUACGUCCUUUUUUCGCUGAGCGCGUUUGUCUUCUACGCCAUCUUCUAUUUCGCCAAGGUCAAUGGCCUCGAUGCUCUCGGCCAUAAGAUCGUUGAGUCUGGCCAACUCCCUGGUCUCAAUGAGCCCUUGCGCAACUUCUAUACGGGUGUCGAGCCCAUUGAUCGUAUCUUGACUCUCCUGACGGUAUUCUUCUACCCGACACUGGAUGGCCAAAGCCCCGGACUGCUCCUCCACAGCAUCGGGUUUUCCGGUACCUUUGGCGCGGCUUGGACUCUGGUGGUCCUGGAAUCUUGGCGCAAGGGCAAUGCAGGCACCGUGGCUGCUUACCCCAUGCUUUUCGGCCUUGCAGCUCAAGUGCUUACCUUUGCAUUCGCGGCCCCUCUCUUCCUGGGUCUCCAGCUUGGCUCCUCCAUCACAGCACGUCGCCCUCAUGCGGAUAAUAUUCGCAUUCCUCGGGCCGUCCUCGCCACGCUGCCGCUGAUUUUCGUGGUCGGAUUCAUGGUGCCGAGCCAUGCCAUGAUUCUUCCCGCUCCAGAAGUCAUUUCUGUCGACUGGAAGCAAAUCGCAAUUGCUAUCUGGCAGCCGUGGCCUGCUUACGUCUCAAUCCUGAGCACCGUUGCUUACUAUGUCUUGUCACCUUUCUUCUCGAACAACCACCGAGCUUCCAUGUCUGGCCUGCGCUGGGUUUACGCGUUCGCAUUCCUAAAUGCAAGUGUUUCCCAUCUGGUUUCUUGGGUUUUGUCCCUGGCCACCGUUGUGGUUCCAGGCCUGUUCCAGGCUCAAUUCGUCGAAUCCCUGCAUCCGGCGAAGGUCUUUGAGAUUCCACUUCCCUGGUCUGGCUUGAAGGUUGACACGGUGGCUCAGGGUGUUCACGCUUUCCUUCGCUGGGAUUAUCUGAUUGGAUCUGCCGGUGUCCUGGUUUGGGCUCUGUCCCUGUAUGUGGUUGCCCACAGACAGAUUCUGAGUACCGUAUCCUGGCCUAGUCUUCUGGUCAAGGUUGGUGUUUUGACUGCUCUGACCGGUCCAACCGGUGCUGCUGUCGAAUUAAUGUGGGAGCGUGAUGAGCUCGUAUUCAGCGAAACUGGGGGUUCUCGACAGGUCACCAAGGCGAAAAAGUCUUCUUGA